CCUCGGCCGCCUUGUCCCUUCUGGAGCGCAUCCAGCGGGCAAUGAAGGAGAAUGACGACGCCAAGCUGUCCGAUCAGUGCAAUAACGACCUCAACACCCUCAUCUCCGUCCUCGAGAGCCCCGUCUUCAGGGGCAUCGUCAAUAUCCAGGAGUCACUGAAGGAGCUGAAGAAGCAGGUGUCGCAGCACCCGUCCAUCGUGCCCGCAGACUUCGACAUCACCCGCGAGGGCAAGCUCGUCCUCCAUGUCUCGCCCGAAUUCGCUGUGGCCUGCGAGGCUGCCACGCUGCCCCUCAACUCUUCCAUCAUGGUGCAGCGGGAAGAGGAGCUCCGUGAUGCCGAGCCCUCCAUAUGUUCGGAGAAGAUCGAACUGCAAGAGAUGGGCCAGGGCAAGGAGGUGAGCGACGGCAGCCACGACGGCGACGAGAUGCCGCCCUCCAUCACCAACGCCACGCUGGACGAGGAGCUGCAGAGGGCCAUCCAGGCGGCUGCACAGGGCCGCGACAUACACCACAUACAGCUGUACAAACCCGAUGGAAGCAGUCUGGGAUUCAGCGUGGUGGGCCUGAGGUCGGAGAAGCGAGGGGAGCUCGGCAUCUACGUACAGGGCAUCCAGGCCACCGGCAUCGCAGCUCAGUAAGUACCCUGUUUUUGU